AUGCAGACGUCGGCGUCGUUUCCUUCUGCCCUAGGCAGUCGGAUCUCCAACUUUUUGCGCGGUCAACGACCCGAUACACAUGAUGCUGAAUCCAACAACAACACCAACAUGUUGUCGCAUACUCUGAAGUCCGCCAAGGCUGACCUGCGAAAGCGAUUCACUCUUUCGAAGGAUAAGUCCUGGACGCGUCUCGAUGAGUCAAAGCCUUUGGUCUCUUCCGAAGGAACAAUUUCUUCGAAGUCUACAAAGCGUUCUCUUCUGAACACUAUCUUUGACACCAAGUCUGGACGCAAGCUCCACAAGCGGGCGCGUUCCGAUCCCACUCCCCAGGGUGAUGGCACUGAUCAGCUUCCUGAGCUCGAGCUGGUCCUUCAGCCCUACGAAGACGCCAGAGUCUUCAGUGUUGGUACAAACCAAGCUCUUGAUGCCGUCUACACAGCCACUGUAAGCUCUCGUGAGUAUUACACUUGCACGAGCGGUUCGUAUGACACUUCGUACGAGAUUGACGAGUGGUCGAUCUCUGAUCACGGCACCGUCCUCAUUCGACGCCCAGCGGGCUUUCACCCCACGCGAUCCCCUUCACUCACGAGUUGUGCCACUCACUGUACCAUCUACGAAGAGACCCCUACCCCAGAGACUGAGGCAGAUGAUGCUCACGACAAUGAGCCCACCCACCCUGUCCAGGAAUCGUCUGGCACCCACAACACCAACGUGGGAAUCACUGACAACAACCUUCGGGCGGGUUUCACCCAGCCAGUUUCCAUGGCUCAGAUCAACCGAACGAUGUCGAAGGUCAUCAAUGGCAAGUCCCCCUUUGAUGACAUUCACUUGGGUCACUUGAAGCUAACACUUGACAACAGCAUUGCUGAGCUUCAUGAGAAUGAUCGUGAUGCCAUUGACGGCACUCAUGUUGAUGAUGAUGCCAUGAACCAAUCUCAUGCCGGUGAAGAGCCAUUCCACCAGAGAUCUGCUCAUGAGUCCGAUGACACCGAAAGCAUCGACUCCAUCCAAAACAACCUUGAUCAGUGCAACGUGAUCCUCGCUGCCUACCAAGGCGAAUACAACCAACUCCAGCGUACUCACUCGACGCACACUGAUGAUCUCCCUGACACCAUUCGAGGUACCAAUGAUGCUGAGUCUAACGACGACAAGACCAACGUCAACGAUCCUCGCCCUGAGCUCAAGAACCUCGAGUUCGCUGCGGAGAAGGCGGCUCUUGAGCCGUACGCGCAGGCCUGUAACCACUGGGGAGACCCCAGCAUCAACCCUGAUACUCUGCGACAGGGAUAUGAUCAGCACCUCGAAGCUCUGAAUCGAACCCAAUCUCGCAAGUUCGUCAACAAUUGGGUUCAGGACAACACUGACCGCUUUGCCGGCACGAAGUCCGCGGACGCCCAACUCCCGCCUACCAACCCACCUGAGCAGAACACUACUGACGCUCAGAACAUUGAUCGUGAUCUUGACUCACAGGACGAGCUGGCAGAGGCUAUGUAUCAUCCUCAGGCUCGCCACGUUGCUGGACUUCACCCACACGAGGCCAUUGACGAGCAUCACCGGCUCAAGAGUUCUCUUGGUCACAGAAAUGAUGAGGAGACUAGGCUUGACCGAGACAUAGAUCAAGCACGAGAGCGCAUUGACGCACGCAGCGCCCAACUUGAGCAUUUCUAUGCUCUCAUACGCCAACUCAAUGAGCAGAACGAGGCCAAGGCCGCCCUCCGACGUGAGGCAAUCUACCGCAAAGUCUCGCAAACCCUGAAGACCAUUGGAGCUGAGCUUACCCAAGCUAUGGCUCGCUGCGAGGAGAAGCGCGAGCUCUACCGCGAGCUUCUCUAUCGUGAGAAGGCUCUUGUCGAGGCAGUUCAAGACGAGGCACGACACCUCGGUCUUGGUAACCAUACUCCUAACGAACUCGUGUGGGCAGUUGAGCAACUCGUCGCUGGUGACAGCCUCGAGUAUGUUGAGGAGUCUCUGAACUCUUGUUUCUGA